GGAGACCAAGGAGGCGGGGAGGGGGAGAGAGGGGGUGGCGUCCCCGGCCGGUUUGAGGGGUGCGUUGCCCGGAGACGGAAAGUUUAGGAGCCUGAGCUGGCUCUGCAAGGCUAGGGGUUGGGGUCCGAGGGGUGGCGGUCCUGGGGAUGGGGAAGGAGCAGGAGCUGCUGGAGGCGGCCCGCACCGGGCACCUCCCGGCCGUGGAGAAGCUGCUGUCCGGGAAGCGGCUCUCCUCCGGCUUCGGCGGCGGCGGCGGCGGCGGCUCCGGCAGCGGCGGCGGCUCCGGGGGCGGCGGCCUCGGCUCUUCCAGCCACCCUCUCUCCAGUCUGCUGAGCAUGUGGAGAGGGCCGAAUGUGAACUGCGUAGAUAGCACCGGCUACACGCCACUACACCACGCUGCUUUGAAUGGCCACAGGGAUGUGGUCGAGGUUCUUCUGAGGAACGAUGCGCUGACCAACGUUGCUGACUCGAAAGGCUGCUACCCACUGCACUUGGCAGCGUGGAAAGGAGAUGCCCAGAUAGUGCGGCUGCUCAUCCACCAGGGGCCCUCGCACACCAGAGUCAACGAACAGAAUGCUCUUGAGAUCAAAGAACUCAAAAAGUACGGCCCCUUUGACCCUUAUAUCAAUGCCAAGAACAACGACAACGAGACAGCCCUGCACUGCGCGGCACAGUACGGCCACACGGAGGUAGUGAAGGCCCUGCUGGAGGAGCUCACGGACCCCACCAUGCGCAACAACAAAUUUGAAACCCCGCUGGACCUGGCGGCGCUGUACGGGCGGCUGGAGGUGGUGAAGCUGCUGCUGAGUGCGCACCCCAAUCUCCUGAGCUGCAGCACUAGGAAGCACACCCCCCUGCACUUGGCAGCAAGGAACGGCCACAAGGCCGUGGUGCAGGUGCUGCUGGACGCCGGCAUGGACAGCAACUACCAGACGGAGAUGGGCAGUGCUUUGCAUGAAGCUGCUUUGUUCGGCAAGACCGAUGUGGUGCAAAUCCUGCUGGCUGCAGGAAUCGACGUCAACAUCAAGGACAACCGUGGCCUGACUGCCCUUGACACUGUCCGAGACCUGCCUUCUCAGAAGAGCCAGCAGAUAGCUGCGCUGAUUGAAGACCACAUGACCGGAAGAAGAAGUGUGAAAGAUGUAGACAAGACCUCCACAGCCCAGCUACCUCUCCUCUCCUGCACAGACGCCAUAGCCCCAAAGUCUCUGGGGAGUGUGGAGAAGGCAGUGACUGAGCCGACUCUUGAUUCUGACAUCCUCGCUGAGGAGGAGGGUCCCUACGAGGCGCUCUACAACGCUGUGUCCUGCCAUUCCUUGGACAGCACGGCCAGUGGGCGAUCGUCGGACAGAGACUCCGUGAACAAGGAGGCCGAGGCCACCGGAGCACGGGCUGCUGGAGUGAGGCCUAGGGAACGCCCGCCACCUCCAGCAAAGCCGCCGCCUGAUGAAGAGGAGGAAGAGCGCGUAGAUAAGAAGUAUCUUCCCUUGGCAGCUUCUGAGGGCCUGGCUUUGAGACCCAGAAUGCAGGGCAGUGCCCCCCAGGAAGAGGAGGAGCACCCAUAUGAGCUGCUGCUCACAGCAGAGACCAAGAAGCUGGGGACCACAGACGGGAGGACUGAAGACCACAGGCAGAGCGGCGGCAGCCGGAGCCAGGACUCUGUGGAGGGGCAGGACGGGCAGGUCCCGGAGCAGUUCUCAGGUCUCCUCCACGGCUCCUCCCCAGUGUGUGAGGUGGGGCAGGACCCUUUCCAGUUGCUUACUGUCCCCAGCCAGAACCACCCCGAGUCCUCCCAGCAGGACGCCUGCCAGGAGGCCAGCAUGCAGCUAGAGGAGCCGGGCGAGCAAAGCACUGGAGCCCCGCAGCCUGGCAUCCUGGACCAAAGCAAGAGAGCGGGCUUGUCCGCAGGCCUGACGGCCCUGGCCAGCAGAACAUACCUCGACGCGUUGACUCACACAGUACCUCUGCACCCUGCUGGUGCCGAGGAAGAAGACGGGUCCAGAAGCAGAGCCCCUCCCACCAGCAAGCCCAAAGCGGAGCUCAAACUCAGCCGCAGUUUGUCUAAGUCUGACUCUGACCUCCUGACCUGCUCCCCCACGGAGGACACCACAAUGGGGAGCCGCAGCGAGUCCCUGUCCAACUGCAGCAUCGGGAAGAAGAGGCUAGAGAAGUCGCCUUCCUUUGCCUCCGAGUGGGAUGAGAUUGAGAAGAUCAUGAGCUCCAUCGGCGAAGGGAUUGACUUCUCUCAGGAGCAGCAGAAGAUCUCAGGUUCUCGGACGCUGGAGCAGAGCGUCGGGGAGUGGCUGGAGUCGAUCGGCCUGCAGCAGUAUGAGAGCAAGCUGCUACUGAACGGCUUUGACGAUGUCCGCUUCCUGGGGUCUAAUGUGAUGGAAGACCAGGACCUGAGGGAGAUUGGCAUCAGUGACCCCCAGCACCGGCGGAAGCUGCUGCAGGCUGCACGCUCCUUGCCCAAGGUGAAGGCCCUUGGCUAUGAUGGGGUCAGCCCCGCCUCAGUGCCCUCCUGGCUGGACUCGCUGGGGCUGCAGGACUAUAUCCACUCUUUCCUGUCCAGUGGCUACAGCUCCAUCGACACCGUGAAGAACCUCUGGGAGCUAGAGCUCGUCAAUGUCCUGAAGGUCCACCUGCUGGGCCACCGCAAACGCAUUAUCGCCUCGCUUGCCGACAGGCCCUAUGAGGAGCCGCCCCAGAAGCCUCCGAGGUUUUCCCAGCUAAGAUGCCAGGAUUUAAUCUCCCAGACAUCAUCCCCGCUCAGCCAGAAUGAUUCCUGUACAGGGCGGUCGGCAGACCUGCUGCUGCCCUCGGUAGACACAAGCAGAAGGCGGCAUGACAGCCUGCAUGACCCCGGGACCACCUCUCGAGCAGAACACUUCCGGGUCCAGGAGGAGCCCAGCGAGAGCAAGCUGACCCUCCGUCCGCCCAGCCUGGCUGCCCCCUACGCCCCUGUACAAAGCUGGCAGCACCGGCCGGAAAAGCUCAUCUUCGAAUCCUGUGGUUAUGAGGCCAAUUACCUGGGCUCCAUGCUGAUCAAGGAUCUGCGCGGGACCGAGUCCACCCAAGAUGCCUGUGCCAAAAUGCGGAAGUCGACGGAGCACAUGAAGAAGAUUCCCACCAUCAUCCUGUCCAUCACAUACAAGGGUGUCAAGUUCAUGGACGCCUCCAACAAGAAUGUCAUCGCCGAGCAUGAGAUCCGGAACAUUUCCUGCGCCGCGCAGGACCCGGAGGACCUCUGUACCUUUGCCUACAUCACCAAGGACCUGCAGACCAGCCACCACUACUGCCAUGUUUUCAGCACCGUGGAUGUGAACCUGACCUACGAGAUCAUCCUGACCCUGGGGCAGGCAUUUGAGGUGGCCUAUCAGCUGGCCCUGCAGGCCCAGAAAUCCAGGACCAUGGCGGCCUCUGCAGCUUCAAUGAUUGAGACAAAAUCUUCCAAACCGGUGCCUAAGCCUCGGGUCGGCAUGAGGAAGUCUGCAGUGCCGGUGCCCCCCGAUUCUCGCUGUUGUCACUGUCAUACCUGCACCACCCACCGUCCUUCCUACCUACCGCUGCCGUCUGUUAGUCCUGGAGCCAAGCUGGAACCUCCCGAUUCUGACCAAGAGGCCCCGUCCCACGCUAGUGUUUCCUGGAUCGUGGACCCAAAGCCAGACUCGAAGCGGAGCCUCAGCACCAAGUAUGAGACCACUAUCUUCUAACGCUGCUCUCUCCGCCGCCCCACUGUGCCUUUGCCACCCAGUCUUCUGCUCUCAGCUCUCCUUCCAGCUGCAGCCACCCAGGCCCCACCUCCCUGGGACCUGCCCUCCUGGCAGCAGCCCCUGCCUCCACCACCCAACACUGUGAAUCCUCCCCUUGGGCUGAGGACAGCUGGAGGCUGACUUGUCUUUGACAGGGGGCCUCGUAGGCAGCAGAGUGGGGCUGAGGCCCCCAAAGCCUCUGGGACAGGCACCGUGAGGUGAGGUAGUCUUCCAGCAAACCACAGGAGCUCCCUCUGAGCUUGCUCUCCUCGCCUGGGUCACAGCUGGAUGCCAAGAGCUACCAGUUGUCACCUUUCCUGACCCAACCACCACUGUGACCGCUCAGUGCCGGGAUGCCCUACACACAGCUGCUCUCAGGUGCUGGUUUCUCUCCUGGUCAGUGGGUGAUCUGGCUGCACCGGGGACAGACUUCUGUCAGGGGGAAGGGUGGUGCCAGCCACGCCCCUGUGCACUGGCUGGCUCUGAUACCUCGGGCUGUGAUCCUCCGAACUACAGGUUCCCAAGGGACCCGUGUGUGUGCUUGGCCCCUUUCUGUGCUGUGGGCCUGGUUCCGGAAUCCAGCUCACUGAGGGGUGCCCUGCACACAAGUGCGCCUUCUCCUCAGAGUGGAGCUGUCCUUGGACAGGGCAGAGCUGAGCCACUUCUGUGGUGUCGGGGAGCGUCCUCAUACUUCCUCUGGUGGUGGGGUCUGAGACAGCCGUCGCCCAGCCAUCCCGGCACCUGCCUAGGAGCUAGCCCAGUGGAGCAGAGUCUCGGAGAAGCCUCACGUGCCCUGAUGUGGAAAGAUCAGUGUAGAUGGCAGGAGACAGAAGAGAUUCCUGAGGCCGUGGUGCGGGCAGCGUAGUGUCAGUCAGCACCCAGGCCGUACGCCAGGGCCGGCCCUCCGGCUGCCUGCCUUUCCUCGUGCCUUUCUGAGCAGAUGGGCCAGAAGCAGUGGUGGGCUGUAGGCUGCAGAGGGCUCGGGAGGCAGGGACCUUUGUCUGCGCUGUGUCCCUUUCCGUGUCCUCCACAUUGCGCAGGCUCCUUGGUUAACUCUCUCCUCCCCUACUGUUUGCUUCUGCCAAGCUGAGCCACUGAGGAGCCGCACUGUGCUGCAGAAACGUGGGGAGCACAGGCUCCUGCCCCCAGCACCGAGAGCCUCAUCUGCAGCUCUGAAGACCCAGGCCCAGCCCUGCUGUGGGACCUCCUAUCACCUGCUUGGCCUGGGCCUGCCCCAACCUGCAGUGCCCUGCCCUGGAGGCAGCGAAGACCAAGGAGACCGGAACUCUGGAUGGCCCAGGAAGCAGCCGGUCCAGGACAUGUGUUUUUAAUAGGAGAAGUAAUCCUUUUUAUACAUUUCUAACACCUGGCUCCGGCCUCUCGGUAAAGCUGCCAAUCUUUAUACAAGACAGGAACUGAGGAGGGCGGGCGGGCGCUCAGCCUGGCUAGAGCCAUGAGGACACACCUGUGGGCAACUUGGGGCAGAGUCGAGCUUCACUGUCUAGCGAGGUGAUGACGUAGACGUUCAUGGGGUUCCCAGUGGGGACGAGCAAGCAGUUCGUGGUGCAGGGGACACCUUCGUACUCACUCGCCUGUCUGUGUUAGCACUGCCGGAGGCGGCUGUCCCCAUGCUGCUGCCGGGUCGGAGCCAUGUCAGAAGGGAGAAGUGGCUUUGUUUAGGGCAUUAAUGGGAGUGUCAGUUAAGACUGUUGUGCCCUCUGUGGCAGGCUGGGCACAUCUGUUCCAGAUGUGGGGAAGGCUAGUCGGGUCACAGUCUUAUUUUCCCCGAGCUGUGGUCGGUCCUGAGGUCAAGCUGACGUUGCUUCAACUCUUCUGCUAGCUCGCUUUGCUUUUUAAAGUCACUUGGGUGCUGGUCCUCCUCCUGGGCUUAAGGAGCAGCGAGGGGCAGGCUGCUGGGGUUGGGGACCACCCCGGCCACUCACCAGCUUUCCCAGAGUAGGGAGCAAAAAAAGAAAGAUGGGGGGAGGGGCCUGGCCCAUGGGUACGUGAGGAGGCUUCAGGCCUCCCUGGCAGGUACUCACUCUGGUCCAAAGGACCAGAGGCUUGAACAGCGGCUGGGCGCUGCAAUUCUGGGCCUGUGCGGGGAGCAUCCCUGGGUGCCUUUACCUGUGGCUGGUCAGAGUGGGAAGCAGGGGCGUCCCCCCCCACCCCCGCCACUAGACCCGUGGGCCGUCUGCUGCUAGGCACUGGCGGUAGUGUUUCCCUUCCUGCCUCGCACUCUCAGCCCUGGAAAGCAGCCCUCGGCUCCCACCUCUCAGGAACCCAGAGACACCCUUAGGUUCCUAGAUCAGUUAUGUUCAACCCCUUCCCUGUGCCAGAGGUGAGCUCAGCGGGCUGUGUGGUGGGCACCAAGCCCAGGGGACACUGUAGACACUACGAUGGGCACUCAGACUCAUUGCCGUAGGGUCACAGGCAGGCGCCUCCCCCUCUCGACGCUGCUGUCUUAUUCAGGGUUUUCUACCACGGAGUCCCGGCUUGUCUGCCCUGCGUCUCUUUCAAGACUGGUUUCUGGACACUCAAGAGAUUCCUCCUUUCCUCCUCCUCGGGUGGGUCUCUCCUUUUCAGGACAGGUGCCAAACGGAAGGGCCUGCCUUUGGCCCUUGUGUGAAUCAUGCCUUGCGACAACCAAGGCUGUGCCUGAACUGUGAAGGGGCCAUUCUGAUGGGAGUAGCAAGAUGUGCCCAAUCCCCUCACAGCAGCGGCUACAGGCUCCCUGGCCUGCCUCUUGUCUAGCCGGCUGCCCUGCGUCCCAACGGGGUACUUUGGACUCUGCCUCUGAGGUUGCCCACUUGGGGGUUCUGAGAAGCCUUGGUUUUGAGCGCUUGGAACACACGGCUGCAAUCAAGACGGUUCACAGUUAGCUUGUGAGGUCCCCGGACCUGCACUGCAGGUCACGGAAGUUACUGCCCAUGGCGGACAGUGGGACUGGACUGUAAGAAAGAUGUUAUUUAAUCUGUUUCCAUAUUUUGAUACUUGAAUUCCCCUUUUGUUUUACUGUACAUAAAAUUGUUAGUCUGUCCAAUUUUGUUUGAAUUAUAAACACCUUGUGGUACCAAACGUAACCAAUCUGUGCAUCGGUGUAGACUGACCUCACUGCAGAGUGCGCACGCCCUGGGCUUCCAGCUCGGUUUCUUACGUAGCUGUGACCCAGCUAAUAAAGGAGGGUAGAAACCGGU